UUGCAGCUAACCGCAUCUCUUUUAGAGUUGCGACCAUGUUUCCAACGUUAUGCGAAUAUUCGACUGGUAAAUGUCAAACCAUAUCACAGCGAAUGGAGAAUGCGGACUGAAGACAACUGUUUGCAAUUUUGUGGCGACACCGCGUCUCGCUGUCGCUCGAUUGUGUACGAUACCGUGCAACAUAUAUGUCACUUCUUUCUGGAUGAAGGUGACGACGUCACUGUUCCCGCUGCUAAAAUGAUUUAUCUACGCGUUGUCAAUAAGGACUGUUUAGCUCGCUCACAGCAGUCCAGUGACACGAAUAUCAUACAAUCUCAAGAGACAUUCGCUUCUCCUGCUAAU